AUGGACCCAAACCAGUCUACUGUGCCUUCGAAGAGGCCUGUAGAGACUGAGACGUGCAGUACCGACCCGACUCCUGAGCCGAAACGAUCCAGAGCAGACUCUGAAACUCAUACUCCCUUGUCCGACGCUCAGCCUCAGCAAGAAACAGCUCUAGAUACUUCGCAGGACCUAGAUAUACCUGCUUCAUCCUCUGCACCCCUGGACAAUUCAGAUGCCUCUGCAAGUAUCCCACCACAGCUGGACUCUGACGCCACACCAGUCGUACCACAAUCCUCCACAGAUCCCGAUGCACCCAAGAGCAAGGAUGGCAACAAGGAUAAGAAGCGUAAUGAUUCUGGGAAUCAAGGUCAAGGAAAGGGUAGUGGAAAGUCGGAUAAGAAGAAGGACAAAAAAUCGGGCAAGGACCCUGCGAGUCACGGCUGGAGUCGGAGGGGAACAAGGAAAGAGGGUGAGGCGAGACCGGAGGGAGAGGAGAAGGCUCCGAGGCUGCCGAAGAGACAGUGUGCAUUGUUGAUUGGAUUUUGUGGAACAGGUUGUAAUGGGAUGCAGAUUCAACCCAACGUACGAACCAUUGAAGGCGUGCUAUUUGACGCGCUCGUACGCGCAGGUGCGGUGUCCAAAGACAAUGCAGACGAUCCUGUCAAAGUCAAUCUAGGUCGUGCAGCACGCACUGACGCAGGGGUACACGCUGCCGGAAAUGUCGUCUCCAUUAAAAUCAUCACCCAAAUACCCGGCGUCCCAGAUGUCGUCGCCAAAGUCAAUGAGCUCUUACCUCCAGAAAUCCGUCUAUGGGGCUACGUGCGCGUACAGAACUCCUUCAACGCCAGACUGUCGUGCGAUAGCCGGAAGUAUACCUACUUCUUUCCUUCAUAUCUCCUCAUACCUCCCAAGCCCGGCUCCGGACUCCACAAAACACUAUCCGCGCAAGCUUCUUCCCCUUCAACUUCUCCAACACCGACCUCAUUAUUUGCACAUCCAUUCUGGUCAGAACAGUCUUCGGAUGAAGGCAACCCGUCGAUAAAGGAUGAGAAGGAGCAGGACCUGAAGCGGAAGAGGACAUGGCGAGUAGGCGCAGAUAUGAUGGAGAAAUUGAGAGAGACCGCGAGGAAGUUCGAGGCCACGCAUAAUUUCCACAAUUUCACGGUUGGAAGGGAAUUUGGGGAUAGGAGCACGCAGAGGCAUAUGAAGAAAAUCGAGAUCGCGGAUCCUGCGGUGUACGGCGAGACGGAGUGGGUUAGCGUUAUGUUCCACGGUCAGAGUUUCAUGCUCCACCAGGUUCGUAAGAUGAUGGCUGCUCUGGUCUUGUCGGUGCGCACAGGCACUCCAGCGCACGUCAUUGACGAGCUCUAUGGGCCCCGCGACGUAUUCAUCCCAAAAAUGCCCUCGCUCGGCCUUCUGCUCGAACACCCCAUCUUUGACUCGUACAACCGCAAGAUCACCGCAAUCAACGCGAACCUUGACCCCUCCCACGCAGAGUAUCGUCCACCAAUCGAUUUCGAAGCACAUAAGGAGGCGAUCGAUGCGUUUAAGCAAAAACAUGUAUAUGAGCGGAUGAGGGACAUCGAGGAUCGUGGCGGGGUAUUCGAUGCCUGGAUCCGUGCCAUUGACUCGUAUGGCGGGAACGAUCUCUCGUACUUGAAUCCCAAGGGAACUAUCCCCUCGAGCGCGGUCAUCAAGAAGAACGAGAGGCGGGCAAAUCCUUUCAGGGAGCGGAAGAAGUUCGAUACGACGGAUUAUGCGGAGAAGGGGAAGAUCGAGAUGGAGGUGGAGGAUGCGGAGGGGCAGGACGAGGAGGUGGAAGAGGUGUUUGAUAAGAAGAAGUUGAUGGAUAUGGAGGGUUGAUAUGAAGGUUUUGAGUGGUGGGGUAGGAUGGAGGCGUGGGCGCUGAUGUGUCGUAUAUCGUACGUAGUUUGGAUUAUAGCAGACUGUAUGACGAUGGCGUGUUGACGGUUUCGCUUGAUGUAUGCAUGUUGUAUGUGUAAUGUCAUGAUCGCUGCUCACCACUCAGAGCAUCCUAGUUCCUGAAAAGCCGUAGUAUUACAUACAAAGAAAGUUGAGACAAAAAUCGGACGCCACAAAAACACCGAUUGACGCUGCGCUAUGACUGGAACUUGCGCAUCGUCUGAAUCUCGUCCAGUAAGGACUGCAGACGGUCAUCGUCGAGUUCGACAAGACUUGGAAUAAUACUCUUCGCCUCUUCCGCAUCGGCAGGACAUAGGUUGGCGAUUUGAGCGGUCUCGAACUGAGUCAACUUCGGUUCUCUUCGCAGUGUCUCUCGGACGGCAGAAGCAGAGUCUGUAGUAUUGAACUUGGUAAAGUUCCUGACGUAGUCCAGGGUCUUGUUGUACACGGCAGUAUCUGGCGCAUCCUUGUCCCUGUUCUCCAGCAGAUACUUGACCUCUGAGAUCAAGAGGCAGCCCGCGUUGUUGAAUUCUGCUCCAAGCUUUAGCUGCGAUGCGUCCUCCUCCUCAGCUUGUGUCCUGCGGUGUAGACGGACUCCAGACAUGAUAGCAGUGGAUGGCGUUAGC